AUGAUAUCUUGUAGAGCAUUAGGAUUUUGUUGUUUCAUUUUAAUCAUUUCAAUGCUUUUAUCGGUAAUUUCCAAGAAGAAUACCACAUUUGUGGCCCGUCAGUUUUUGAAAGCUGCCACUACAAAAUCCUUUAGUUCCUCAUCGUCUUCACAAUCAUCAUGGAAUAGUUACAGCAAGGGUAGUACCAAUAGUUAUUCAACUGCAUCUUCACCAUCAGCAACUGCGUCUGCAGCAUCUUUGAACUAUGAUAGCGCAUUAACAACUGUUUCACAUUAUAACAUUGCGGUGGCAUUUCAACCUAAAGAUCGUGAAGAAUCAAAUAUGUUCAAGAGGAAGCAACGGAGUGCCUCUUUGGAUUCACCAUCGGGUGAAGACAAUUUGUUUGUUUCAAAAGAAGUUGCUGGAUCAAUAGCAGUUGGUGUGGCCGAUGGAGUUGGGGGCUGGUCCGAAGCAGGAUACGAUUCAUCAGCAAUUUCUCGUGAGUUAUGUGCAUCAAUCAAGAGUCAAUUUGAAGGCGAUAGUGGAAAAACACCAAAGGAAUUGUUAUCAUCAGCUUUCAAAGAUGUUUUGGCUUCUUCAAAAGUAGAAAUUGGAGGUACCACUGCUUGUUUGGGAGUUUUAACCGCAGAUUUGAAAUUGCAUGUUGCCAAUCUUGGAGACUCAUGGUGUGGUUUAUUUAGAGAUUCAAAGUUGAUCAAUGAAACCAAUUUCCAAACCCACAAUUUCAACACACCUUACCAGUUGGCCAAAAUACCCAAAGAAAUUGUCAGAAAAGCAGAAAUAGAGGGUCGUAGAUACAUUAUUGACUCUCCGACAUCUGCAGAUGAAUAUACUUGGGACUUGCGUUCAGGUGAUAUUGUGAUGUUUGCCACUGAUGGUGUCACAGAUAACGUGAUACCUCAAGAUAUGGAAUUGUUUUUAAAAGAUAACGAAAAGAAUUCAAGAUUAGAUGAAGUUGCCAGUAAAUUUGUCAAGGAAGUUGUCAGAGUCAGCAAAGACAGCAAUUUUCCAAGUGCAUUCGCUCAAGAGUUGUCAAGAUUAACUGGUCAAAAGUACCUCGGAGGGAAAGAAGAUGACAUAACAGUGGUGAUGAUAAAAGUUAAAUAG